AUGGGCGUAGAUUUGGCGAGCAUUCCCAUUGAUCGAAACUAUGACAUACACUCUGGCGCAGGAGGUGUUGCUCCUGAAAAAGCCUCUGCCAUCCUCUCACAAUUUGACCGAAAGAGAAGGCUCGCACAACUAGCGGUGCCGACGGACGAUGGGCGAGUAAGAGCACGUUUGCGAGAACUUGGUCACCCAAUUACUCUCUUCGGAGAAGGGCCGGCAGAGCGCAGAGAUCGUCUGAAGGUGAUCGUCCUUGACCAGGAGGAGGCUGCCGCCGAAGAUGGAACCCCGGCUGAUGUACAAAUGCAAGAAGCGCCGCAAGAUGAAGCAGACCAAGAAGAAGAAUUCUAUACUGAAGGCAUACGAGAACUCCUCGAAGCAAGAAGGGAUAUUGCGAGAUUUUCUCUCCCGAGAGCAAAGGCCAGAAUCAUGAGACAAAAGGAAGAUUCGACAAUCCCUUUACGGACGCACGUCAAACACCGCAAGGAGAUCAAAGAGAAAUUACAGGGAUUUGAGCUCUUUGGGUCGCAGAUUGCAGGAGAGAGGCCCGUCAGCAUCACUCGUUUCUCGCCAAAUGGCGAGAUGGUUGCAGCGGGAAAUUGGGGCGGAGGUAUCAAAUUGCUCGAUGUGCCAAACCUUGAGGAAAAGGCCACUUUGAGAGGCCACACAGGAAUCGUAGGGGGUCUGGCUUGGUAUCCUGGAGCGACUCUACCGACAUCAAAUGUCUCGUCCGAGGCAGUCAAUAUCGCCAGUGGUGGUGGAGGACAGGGAGGAGCCAGCGAUAUCCAUCUAUGGUCUUUAAGCAAAGACACACCACUCUCGACUCUACAAGGCCACACCGAUCGUGUUUGUCGUGUGGAAUUCCAUCCUUCUGGAAAAUAUCUCGCCUCGGCAUCAUUCGACACGACAUGGCGGCUAUGGGAUGUUGAAACUACAACGGAACUACUUCUGCAAGAAGGCCACUCGAGACAGGUAUUCACUGUCAGCUUCAACACAGAUGGCUCGCUUCUGGCGAGUGGAGGAUUUGACAGUAUUGGACGAAUCUGGGAUCUCAGAACAGGCCGCACCAUCAUGAUUCUGGACGGCCAUGUCCGCGAAAUAUUUAGUCUCGACUGGGGCAUUGACGGUUACAGGGUUCUCUCGGGCUCUGGUGAUGGUUGGGUCAAAUGCUGGGACAUUCGACAGGUCAAAAGUUCUGGAGGAAUCGGUGCUCACAACGGGAAUGUGUCCGACCUUCGAUGGUUCAAGGGUCUUGAUACCGAAAUAUCCUCUGUGGUUCCAUCGACUGGCGUCAGACAAGAACAUAAUCCUCGAAAAUCUGGCACAUUCUUCGUCUCUGGUGGUUUCGAUAAAAACGUCAAUAUCUACUCGGUCGAUGACUGGUCACUAGCGAAACAACUGAGUGGACAUUCUGCCAACGUUCUCAGCGUCGACAUCACACGUGAUGCCAAAUGGAUCGCCAGCAGUGGCCAUGACCGAACUGUCAAGCUUUGGGGUCGUAAUGAUAUGCAAGGGCUUUAUGAUUGA